GCCCGCCAUGCUCACCGCCAAGGUGCUGGAGCUGCGGCGCGGCCUCGCCACGCUCUGCACCGCCGCCGCGGCAGAGAACGGCAGCGCGGAGCCCCACGACGACGCGGAGCAGAACGACGAACCGUCCGCCACCUUCGUCGUGCGCCCUAGCGCGGCCAACCCCCCACCCGCGCCCGGCGGCCAGGCGGCGACGGCACCGCAGGGGCAGGGCGACGUGUCGCCGGUGUCCGUCACCGUGGUGCCUGCCUUCUGGCGCCGCCCCAGCGCCGCCGCCGCCCCCUGUUCCUCCGCGUCGGCGUCGGCGCCAUCGUCCGCCGGCGCCGCCGCGUCCUCGCCCGACCCGACCGCUCGCCACAGCUACAGCUCGGCGGUGUCGUCGACGGCGUCGGAGGACGAGGACGAGGACGAGGAGGACGAGGAGGAGACGGAGGGCCGCGACGACUCGGACGCGAGCGAGCGCGCGCCCUCGGCGCCUGCGGCGCGCCGCCUGCCCGGCCCGCAGCUCUCGCGCAGCCAGGACGACUCGGACGACAGCGACGACAACAAGACCGACUACAGAGAUUCAAAAUAA